CAAAAUCUUUAAAGUGGUUUGUACUUCCAUGUGAACCAGCAAAGCAACCUACGACCGUAGGUGGCGAUAAAGGCCCAACCACGACCACUGGAAGAGAACCGGAAGAAAAGGACCACCCCUGUCUUCCAACACGUCCUCAGUUUCUCAAUAAAUACAAGGUACUGGCGUUACGCCACCAUUCUUAAGACUCUCCCGCCGUUAGUGCAAAAUGUCUGGUCGCGGAAAAGGAGGAAAGGGGCUGGGGAAAGGAGGCGCCAAGCGUCAUCGCAAAGUUCUCCGCGACAAUAUCCAGGGUAUCACCAAGCCCGCUAUCCGUCGCCUGGCUCGUCGCGGCGGAGUCAAGCGCAUCUCCGGCCUCAUCUACGAGGAGACCCGAGGCGUGCUCAAAGUCUUCCUGGAGAACGUCAUCCGAGACGCUGUCACCUACACCGAGCAUGCCAAAAGGAAGACCGUCACUGCCAUGGAUGUGGUGUACGCUCUGAAGAGACAAGGACGUACACUCUACGGCUUUGGCGGUUAAUUCGUGACCCAUGAGCAAAACCAAACGGUCCUUUUAAGGACCACUACGCGUUCGAAAAAGGGAAAACAUUCCAUGUGCAUUUGUUACACUUACGUCACAAUUUUUGUUUUAUCUAAAAUUAAUCUGCAAGAAUUGUGAAUCUCAAAUUGAUGAAUUGGGAUUUCUUUCGAUUUCCAAAAUUAAUAUUCGUCCAUUACAUCAAAUUGCAGUUGUCUGUCCGAAUACUACACACAAAUAUCAAACGUGCAGGCAGCACAAUUUCAAUGUGACAUUUUGUUAAUCAAAUCCGAUUAGAUCACCGUAGAAUAAUGGUAAAGGCAGGCUAAACUGUUUAUUCAAUUCUAAUGUUUAGAUAAAUAACAUCACUAUAUGAUGAAAACAGGCAUUUUUCUAACCGGCAGAAUAUUAAUUUUUGCAUUAUAUUUCAGUUUGUUCACACGAUUUUACUGCAAACUUAAUGCACUGGCUAUAAUAUUCAAUAUCACUGUAAUUGUAUAUACAAUGUUUUUGUUUUAUUUCGAGCAUGCAUAGAAAUAAGAGUGCAGAACUUAUUUUACCACCGCAAAAAUAAGACCGUUUAAGAAGUAGAAGAAAACAUUUGCUUUAACAAAAGGCUGGACGUACAGUCACUUGGUUUUUCCAACAGAUGGUGUAAUUUCAUGUUUUCAUCCCGUCAUGAUAGAGGAAUAACCAUACAACAGCACAGCGCCUUUAAUUAUACUUGAGGCAAAUAAACACGAUUUUAAAACCAAACUCUAUAUAUCUGACGACAUUUUACUUUGAUUCACACAUUUGAAAAUAUAAUUUAGAUCUUCGUAACUUGUUGAAUAGAACGCGCCUCGUGCACAUCCGAUUGAAUUCAAGUUAAUAUUUUUCCGCUGAUGUGUUCUGAAUAUAAUCUAGAGAUGGAAAGGGAAAGAUAAACGAGUUUUUUUCUUUGCUCAUGUGGAACUGUGGAAUGGACUGUAGGCAGCAGUUAGACGUAUGGGCUAAGGAGCCGUACUUACAUUUUGGGUUUGCCAUAUUAAAUGACUUCCCGGUGAACAAGAAAGUGUCUUGGAAUAAAUCUUUACGUCGUUUUUAAAACGUAGGCUGGAAAAAUUA